CGCGACUCGUUAGUCAUGUGUAAACGCAUUUAUAUAUUCCUCACUUUAGUUACGCUCGUGUGUUGCGAACAAAAUGUAACGGAGUAUAAAGGUUUGCUGACAUCAGACUGCACUAAAGCGUAUGUCCGCAUGUUCGUGACGCGUCGUGUGCCGCCCCGGAACUACUUCUACGUCCAUGAAAGUGUAGAUCGUGAACGAUUGCUCGCCAGUGGAAACGCAGCUAAUACAAAUAAUACAGAAGUUGAUGUGAAGUUCCGCAUAGUUGGGGGUAAGAUAGUGUCAAUAACUGAGGUGCCGUAUCAAGUAUUGUACGGACGGUAUUGCGGGGGCAGUUUGAUCGCGCCGCAGUGGGUCAUCACCGCAGCUCAUUGUAAAGACAGAGAGACGUUUAUCUUAGCGGGGUCGACGCAGCGCAGCCGUGCACAGAAGUACCGCAUCUGCGCCCACUUCAUCCACCCGCUGUGGAACGCGACAGCCGGCGUCAGCCACGACUAUGACUACCAGUUGGUGCUGCUCGAGACACCAGUUCCCGUCACACCCAGCUCGCGGCCCAUCGCCAUCGGCAGCCUCGAGGACAUACGUCCCGGGAACAUGGUCGCCAUCAGCGGCUGGGGACAUCUACAGUUCAAAAAAAGCCGAAUGCAAGACCUAGUCCGGCGAGUGUAUGUUCCUGUGAUGGCGGAUGAUGAAUGUCGCGCGCUGCCUCACGGGUACUUCAGCAACAUAACGUCGCGCAUGUUCUGCGCCGGAUACAUGGACGGCGCUAAGGACUCCUGUCAGGGUGAUUCUGGCGGUCCCGCGGUGAUCAACGGCAAGCUUGUCGGCAUCGUAUCGUUCGGUGUGAGCUGCGCCGCGCCGCGACAGCCCGGCGUCUACAGCAAGGUGCCCGUCGUCAGAGACUGGAUACGCGCUGUCACUGCAUUGCCUCUAUAACUUGUCAUACUACCAUCCAAAUCAAUAUUCGAUUCUUGAGAUCGAUCUGAAAAUUACGUUCUAUAUGAAGCAAGUACAAAAAUAA